AUGACCACAAAAAGAAAGAGCAUCUUCGAAACCAUCGACGACUUGAUCUCACCUGAUCCGGGACCUUCUUCGUCCUCUUCAUCCGUCAGCUGCUCAUCUGACAAUCCAAAACUUACUGUGAGUACUUUUAUAAUUUUCAGAACUCUAAAUGAUUGAUUUACAGUGUCAAUUCUGCAAAAAGACAUACCUAACGUUCUUUGGACUCAGACGACAUCUACAGUUUCACAAGGAAGGGAAACUUCAACAGAGUUGCCCACAUUGCAAAAAGAUUUACAGGUGAGGUAUUAGUCUUUUGAAUUGUACUCUUGUUCGGUAUAAGUAUCAGUGAGAGCGCAUGUCAUCCUGGAAAGUAAAGAGAUUAUCUGAUCUUCACAAUAUACAGUCUUGCUUCCGAUCUCUUAACCUCCGGGAUCCGGCUUCUCCCCUUGUAGCUCGGUUAGCUCCUACAGGUUCUCGCACGUACCCGAUCGGAAGUAAGUCAGUUGUCGCCCGCUUUCUCGGCGGGUGGCGGCAGACAGGUGUCACAAUCUGAUAUAUAAAUUGGGGGGGAUCUCGAGAGGUGUGAGGUGCCGACACCUUGCCCUCCCAAGCAUUAGUCGGUCGGGCGGGACCGGAAAGAGAUGGAUUGAUUAGUUGCUUCCGACGCACCACCGGCAUCCAUGUCGUUGUGAAAAUGAUGACCUUGGCAUCUAUGAUCGAGCUCUUUUCUGUAGCUUAUGAACUCUACCUAAAACUCGCUUCCGAUGGCAGGUUGCCGCGAUGGAAUCAAGUGGAGGCAGCUGACCGCCCUCGGGGGGAAAGAGAGAGAGAGUCGAAUUACCCAAUUUAACGAGAGAUGCUCCGGGAGCACUGACGACACGGCAGCACUCGUACCUGUUGCUUGUUGAUAGCGGAUACGCAAACACACCUGUGUCAUUCGGCGUAAGAAAAGAAGAAACGAGAAAAAGCAGGAGGCAGAGAUUCCAGAAACUCAUAAGCACGGAGGUAGUGGGGCACAAAGACUCGUGACGUUGGAUUUGAGAGGGCUCGGAAGAUUGAUAGUUCAACUUGGAAAUUUGAUAACUUUCCCGGUUUCAGAUCUCCGGGCGCCCUGAAAAUGCACCUCAAGACCCAUUCGCUACCAUGUGUGUGCACGGACUGCGGAAAAUCAUUCUCAAGACCCUGGCUGCUCAAAGGACAUCUCAGAACUCACACAGGUGAUUGCGGAAGGAUCAUCAAACUCUUUUCAAGUUUAUGUUCAGGUGAGAAGCCAUUCGGAUGCGAGUUCUGUGGCCGAUGUUUUGCCGACCGUUCAAAUUUGAGGGCCCAUCUACAAACUCAUUCUGGAGAGAAAAAGCACCGAUGCUCCAGAUGCGGACAGUCAUUUGCACGGAUUCAAGUGAGGCAACGACACGAACAAUGCUGCCGGAACGAUCUGAAAUGCUUUGAGAAUGAGGAAGUCGAGGAAAAGAUGCCUAUUGCAAUAAAGCAUUAA